GGAGAAAAAGAAAAAGAAUGAGAGGAAUAAUAAGGAAGGCUCAUAUAUUAGUCUCAUCAAUCUCAUCUCUUUCUCCUCUUUUCCAAUUUUCUCCAACUUCCUCUCUCUCUCUCUCUCUCUCUCUCUCUCUCUCUCUCUCUCUUCUCUUCCAUCUUCUCUAUCGCCCCUUCUGUAACUGAGAUUUAUCAGUGGCGAUUCCGAUGAGAUUAUCCUCUCUGAAGAAACCGAUGGCUGUUGCGAAUGACGAGUGGGUGACGGCGGCUUUGACGGACGACGAGAUGGUGGUAGAGCUUCUUCUACGCCUCAAGCAUGCCGGAACGGUAGAAUCCGAGAAUAAUCCCGCGGCGAGUCCACCUCUAUUACGGUGGGGUUUCCGUCAGCGACGGUCGCGGCCGUCGAGAUUUGGCGUCGGCGUCGGAGGUUUCUUAAAGAAAGAAACGGAUUCCGCUAGAGCUAGUCCAAUGACUCCUUUAUGCUGGAGCGGCGGAUCUGGUAGCGGCGGCUCUACUUGUCCCUCCGCCGCAACCGCCGAUGGAUUCGAAGACACUAGUCUUCAAACUAGCUGCUCCACAUCCACCGGAUCCGGAUCUAAGGCUGUGCACGCAACAAAUGAAAUCACCAGCUCUUGCUCGAGGAGAUCAAAGAAAAAUAAGACGACAUAUAUGGAACUUAAAGAUGCGGAGAACUUUCAGUUAAAGGAAAGAUUUCACCUUGAAAAGAAGAUUGCAAAUGUGCAAGCAACGUACCAAGAACGAAGUGCCAAGAACCAAAGCUUGAAAAGAAUUAAGCUUGAAUACUCAGAUCGAAUCAAGAACAUUCCAAUUAGUAAAUCGAAUAUCGUCGAGUCCCGGAAAAGGAGGCACUUACCUUGUUCCAUAUCUGAGAAACUCGUGAAAACCGAACAUUCCAACAUAAGAGCAAGUGAAACCAAGAAGGGUUUCUUCUUCUUACCUGAUCUGAACAUGACGCCCACCGAGGAAGACGGGGAUAGCUAAAGAAAGCUUCAAUGCCUCAGGUAAUUAAUAGAGAAAUCAUCAAUGUUGUAGCUUUUUGUCCGUAUAAAAUGGUCGGAGAUUGGAGUAAGCGAGUUCGCCGGCAAGAAUUCAAAUUACUCAAGAAAAGCUGGAGAAUUUUUAUAAGAAGAAAAAGAGAAGAAAGAAUGUAAUAAGAGAGGAUUACACUAUUAUUCUCGUUUUUCUCUUGUUCUUUCUCUUCUUAUUAAAAGAAUUUCUUGGGCACAAGUAUAAUGCUUCUUGUUUUUUGAGUAGUACUAUACGGAAAUUAGGGUUUUUUCCUUCUUCUUCCCCCCCGCCCCUGAUUCGUUGUAGUUAGUGCGUAAUUCAAAAGUACGCCACCUAAUAGACUUUAAAAAAAGGUUAUAUAUUUUUCCUCAUUUUGUGGCUAAUAAUUUUUGAAAAUUUCGAAAAUUCAG